CCAACCUACGCCCCCCUUCCAAAUCCACUGAAUCCUGAUGUCAGGAAAUACUACCCAGCUUACCACUACUGGCGGCAAUUACUGGACCAACCAUACUGAGGGUCACGAUCGGCUUGGAUGUAAAGAAGACGAUGACGGUGAGCCAUGCUCGAUGAUGAUGAUAGUACACCAAGGUGUCCAUUCUGAAAUCGUGCAUACUACGCAGCCAAGUGGUGGGAAUUCCAAUAAAGAUCCCCAUGCAUGGGUGAUCCUAGACGGGAAAGAUUUAGAGCUGUCCUCUUUCAAUGUAUUAAAGAGCAUAAAUAAGGCCCGAGGAGCAGAAAAAAAGGCAACCAUUGCGAAGGGUCAAUAUCACAUAAAAUGGGAAAUGAGCGCGACGAUUAUCAAUUUUUUGAGAACGAGAGGAAUCACCAUCACUGCAAACACUCAGAUCAUUAUAUCUGGCAGGAAUGGAAAGGCAGCCGACGCAAGGGAGAUAUUUCGGUUUCAACUCCACCUAUCUUAGAGCACUAUACCUGUAACAGUCUUCAGUUCGUGUCUGUAUAAAGCUGUGGUCCUUUUUCUCGAAAAAA